AACUUCCGUUUCGAAGUCUUUAGACUAAGGUACAGACAAAGAUGGCAGCGGUUGCUGGCAGGCUCUCGCGACAAGCUCUUUUAAAGACAAAAUCAUUGACAAAUACACAACAGGCAAGCUUCAGUUUCAAAUCAGCAUCAAGAGGGAAGAAAGCUGCUUAUGGAUUACUUGGGGCAGCUACUGUAGGUAGUAUUGGAGCAGUGGGAGCGGCGUUAGCCUUCCCUGUAUUAGCCAGUGAACUAGAGUUACAUCCCCCUAAAUACAAGUGGAGUCAUCAUGGAAUGUUCAGCUCAAUUGACAUGAAAAGUGUACGGAGAGGAUAUGAAGUCUAUAAACAAGUGUGUGCGGCAUGUCACAGUCUGAAAUAUUUGGCAUACAGAGAAAUGGUGGGAUCCUUCCUAUCAGAAGAUGAGGCUAAAGAGGAAGCUAAAUCGGUAAUGGUAUGGGAUGGACCAGAUGAUAACGGGAACAUGUUUGAACGACCAGGAAAGUUGGCAGACUAUAUUCCAUCACCUUAUAAAAAUGAAGAAGCUGCAAAGGCUGCCAAUAAUGGAGCAGUGCCUCCAGAUCUUACCUAUAUUGUCCCUGGUGUAGAAGGUGAAGAAAACUACAUAUUUUCAUUACUAACUGGAUAUUGUGAUGCCCCAGCAGGAGUAGAGGUGCCAGAAGACGGACAUUUUAAUCCUUAUUUCACUGGUGGUGUGAUAGCCAUGGCUGAAGCAUUAUAUACUGACAUAAUUGAAUAUUCUGAUGGUACACCAGCCACAAAAAGCCAGUUAGCUAAAGAUGUUGCUACAUUUUUAGUGUGGACAUCACAGCCAGACUUUGAUGAUAGAAAGAAACUUGCUCUAAAGAUUUUGGGCUUGUUAGGAACAAUGUUAUUCGUAUCAUACUAUGCUAAGCGACAUUAUUUCACAGUUCUUAAGGCAAGAAAGAUUGCACUACGAGAAGGAAAAUAACCUCAAGACGUUGUUAGAUGAUAAGUUAUUCUCAAGGCUAUUUUGUGUAUUUAUGUAAAAAAUAUGUCCAAAAAUGUUUUACUUUAGAUUAUAAAUGUGAAUAAAAGAAGCUAUUAAUGUAACAUCAAUUAAUAUAGAAUAAAUGUUAUGGUUUUAUCUGAACAAAA